GAACCAACCUGUCGGCCCGAUUCACUUCUUUUGCUUCUUCCUUCUCGGCUCUGGCUCUGGCUUCGGCUCUGUCUAAGGGCAGAAGGCAGGCUUGCCAAUAGCCAUUGAAAAGAGAAUCAGUGAAAAUACAUAUAGAAGGAAAGGAAAUCAGCGAUGGGAGAGAGCAACAGCAGCCUCGAUGAGGAUUUGCUUCUCAAAGAAUUCUUCGCAGAAGUCAGCGAAGUCGAAAGAGAUAAUGAAGUCAUCAGGAUUCUUUCAUGCUUCAAGUUAAAUCCAUUUGAGUUUCUGAAGCUAUCAUUUAACUCAUCUCCAGAAGAUGUCAAAAAACAGUAUCGUAAGUUAUCAUUAAUGGUCCACCCUGACAAAUGCAAGCAUCCACAAGCGAAAGAGGCUUUUGGAGCAUUGGCAAAAGCCCAACAACAAUUGCUUGAUCAACAAGAAAGGGAUUAUAUUCUUAACCAAGUUACUGCUGCAAAAGAAGAACUUAGAGCAAAGAGGAAGAAGCAAUUAAAGAAAGACACAGCUUCUAAGUUAAAGAUAUUAGUUGAUGAGGGAAAAUCUGAGCAAGAAUAUGAACAAUCAGAGGAGUUCCAGCAGGAGUUGAAGUUGAAGGUUCGAGAAUUAUUAACAGAGCAGGAAUGGCGGCGGAGAAAAAUGGCAAUGAGGAUAUCUGAAGAGGAAGGUCGACUAAAGAAGGAUGAAGAAGAGCAAAAGGAGAUGUGGAAAAGGAAGCGUGAACAUGAGGAGCAGUGGGAAGGAACAAGGGAACAGCGAGUCUCAAGUUGGAGGGAUUUUAUGAAGUCAGGGAAAAAGUCUAAGAAAGGAGAACUUCGUCCCCCGAAACUAAAGACAGAGGAUCCCAACAAAUCGUAUGUUCAGAGGCCUGUAAAGCGGGGUUAGAUGGUGUGGUUUUGAGUUUUGACAGCCAACCAGCUAAAAAACUGUUCCUGCGGUGAAUGUGGGGCUUUAGAAUGUAGGCUCUCAAGUGAAUGAAGUUUGUACGAACCCAUGUCUCUAAACAUGCUUGUUAUUAUUAAGUAUUAUUAUUGUAAAAGGGAAAGAAAAAUAUUUAGCAAGAUUGAAAA